AGUCGCGUGAGACGAGCUCCAGCUGUUUGGGGAGAUGCGGCACCAGACUACUCGGCGGUGAAACUAGGCAAUGCGCCAUAUCGUUAUUUGUACACACUACUUUUUGUUGAUGACAAAAUUACGGGCUUCUAUGAAUAUGAUAUGACACGGGUAAAAGGCAAUAUACUAAAAGUCGUCGAAGAAGCUAAUACGUACUUCAACCAACUUCGCCUUGGAAUUGUAGUGGUCGACGUAUUGCAGACAAUGCGCAGUAAUCUGAGCCUUUAUGGAUUUCAAGAGUAUCGUCGUCAACGCCUCCAUAAGCUACCUUCGCAUGAUUUCGCUGCUCUGAUCACGUAUCGUUAUGCUGGCGGUCUCGCAUUUGUCGGCGGACUGUGCACGGACAAGGCCGUCAUGUUGUGCGGGUUCUAUCCAUCAUCUCCGUCUGCCAUGGGGUCCAUCUUCUUUCAUGAGGUAGCUCACUUAGUUGGUGUGCCACAUCGCCCUGCCAAUUAUUCAUUGUAUGUAUCAAAUUGUGCA